AUGAUAUUCAUGUACCUCGACGAUUGGCUAGUAGUGGGUCGUUCUCGAGGGGAGACGGAAGCGGCGCUCCAACUAACGUGGCACCUUGCUUCCGACCUGGGAUUUCUCAUCAACACCAAGAAAUCCCAUCCAGUCCCCUCUCAGGUUCCCACCUUUCUAGGUGCAUUCCUCAAUCUUCGCAGGGGACUGGCCCGUCCAUCGGAGGAUCGCCUGCUGAACCUUCGGCAGUGCGUGUCCCUCUUCCUCCCGACGGUAGUGGCUCCGGCCCGAGCCUGGCUCAGGCUGUUGGGCCUUAUGGCCAGUCUGGUGGACUUAGUGGAUUUUUGCAGGCUGAGGAUGAGGCCAAUUCAACUUCACCUGCUGUCUUUCUACAGACCCCGCUGGCACCCGAUCGACCAUCCGGUGCCCACUACGUCUUUGCUAGUCCCCCACCUUCGUUGGUGGCUAGUCGAGGCCAAUAUAACGCAGGGCCGCGUUUUCCGCCCGCCCCGCCCGUCGGUACUUAUCACAACCGACGCGUCAGGAUACGGCUGGGGGGCUACCCUCCACCCGCGACAGGUCGCGGGUGUAUGGGGCCCCGCACAUCAAUCAUCCCACAUCAAUGUCCUGGAAAUGCUGGCAGUCACCUACGCACUAAAACAUUUCCAGUCGGACGUCAGAGGGCAAGCAGUCCUGGUACGAUGCGACAACGCCACAGUAGUGCCAUACAUCAAUCACCAGGAUGGCACUCGGUCAGGCCAUCUGUGUGCACUAAUCGACCGACCGCAUGUAGACCUAUUUGCGUCGCGAAUGAACAAUCAGCUACCGAUCUACUGCGCGAGGGGCCCAGAUCCCAACGCGUGGCAGACCGAUGCGCUGUCGGUGCGGUGGGACGGCCUACUGGCCUACGCCUUCCCACCCAUCUCCCUCGUUUCUCGAGUGCUGACCAAGAUCGAGCAGGAGGAUGCCGAAUUCUCCUCAUAG